UGAAAUAAAUGUACCAGUUUGUAUUUAUACAAGUUUAUAAAUAAAUGAGAAAUAGAUGCGAUGGCAAUGAUUGAGGACGAGUUCAGACACUUUCUGUCCAACACCAGUUGCCACAGCCUGAUGAAGGUGUCGUACCAAUAUCGCUGCACGAUGGCCCAGAAACUGGAGGAAUGUCGUCACAUAAUAAGUUACUUCAACUACUUCGAGAUGAUGUAUUGCAUGCUGCGCAUUCACGACAAGACAACGGAAUUCUGCGUGAUGCUGUUGCUGUUCAUCGUAGCGCUCUUCUAUGUGCUUCUCAUGUCGAUUGUGGUGGAUACGUUCCUAGCGCCUGCUCUUAAGGUUCUGUCGCUCAAGAUGCACAUGAACGAGUACCUGGCUGGUGUCACGAUAUUGGCCUUCGCCAACUCAUCCCCGGAUCUGAUAGCCAAUCUGAUGCCCAUCAAGGAGAAUGCGGCUCUAUUCACGAGCAUCGUUAGCAAUGCCCUCGCCAUACUGCUGCUCUCCGGGGGCAUGGUCUGCUAUCUGAAGCCCUUCAAAAUGGAUGGACACAGCACUGCGCAGAACCUGCUCUUCCUGCUGCUGUCCGUCGAGCUGCUGCGCUUCAUCAUGGUCAAAGGAGACAGUGUGACCGAAACAGAGUCGAUAAUGCUGCUCUCGGUUUAUGUCGCCUAUUUGGUUGUCAAUGUUGCCGACCUUCUUCUGGUGCGAUAUUCCAUAAGAAAGCUGCGAGUGGAGAUACGCGCCUUGAGGGCGCAGACAACCUCGCAAACCAAUAGCAGGGAACUGAAGCAGAAGACAGCCCUACUGUUGCGCUUGGAGCAGAAUGAGGCUAUGAACUUUAAGAAGCGUAACUCCCAUUAUUUCGUCAAGAAAGGAAGGAAUUCCAGUAAUUCGCUGGCGGACAUUUUUGCGACGCCCUUGUCGGAGCAGAAGCCGGAACAGGUGGACUACGAGACGAAUCGGACCAUGUUGCAUAGCAGGUCCAACGCCAAGAAUCGAUUCCUCGGCGCGGAGUUCCUGGAGACGCUGAAUCCCUUCGAUGCUGUUGAGUGGAAGCUGAGCGGCUGCUUUGGCCGGCUGAUGAUCAUCAUGAAGAUGCCGCUGGUGCUGCUGAUCACCAUGUUUGUGCCCGUGGUGGACUACGAGAGGUGCAAGCACGGCUGGAGCAAGCUGCUCAACUGCACGCAGAUUGUCACGAAUCCCUUCAUCCUGAUCACCGCGGUUCACUCCAAGUUCGCCAGUGUCUACAAGUCCUGGUACGUUGAGUUCAACCUGAACUACUCAAAGUGGUCCUUUUGCCUGACUGUGCCCCUGGCCAUCCUCGUAUUCCUGCACGCCAGGACGGAUGUGCCACCCGCCUACCAUUUGCUGUUCAUCACGCUGAGCGCGUCCAGCUCGCUGGUCAUCAUCGUUCUGUGCGUCAACGAAAUCGAGGUGCUCAACUCCAUUGUGGGCACCGUGCUGAAUCUGAGCGAGGAAUUCGUGGACAUCACCUUCGGCUCGAUGACGAACGCCACCAUCGAUCUCAUGUCCAAUUUCGCCCUGGCCAUGCAGGGCUAUGAGAGAAUGGCCUUUGCCGCCAGCUGUGCCGGCCCAUUCUUCAGCAUCGCCUUGGGCAUGGGCGUGGCCCUUCUGUUUAACACGAACGUGCGGCUGAAGGGAUCCUCGUACUGGCUGAACGGCGAGGAGGGCGACAACUGUUACAUAUUUCUCUUGCUGGCGAUUGUAGCCCAACUGUGGCUGUGCCUGACCUUUAACUUCGUGGCCCGACGUUCGGUGGGAAUAUUUUCGUGGACUCUCUUUGCUGUGUUUCUGAUCUACGCAUGUGUUGCCGAGUGGGAUUUGGUGCAUGAUUUUACAAGAGAUACCUUUUUCGAGCCCCAAUAGAUGUGAUUAAGAUCUCCUUACUUUUUAUAUAUUUUAUAUACGUACACUUAUUUUAAAGGUAAAAUAAACCCAAACCCACGGGAGAAAAUUGCAUGUGCC